AGAAACCAGCACAACCGGCGGUGACUCAGAACAAAUCUCUUCUAUCUCCCUGCCUGGCUAUAGUUGACAACAUUGUGAACUAAGCUGUUCAGUACUCCCCGUAAAGGAUGGCCUGAGAAAUGCUUUGACUUCACAAAAACUUAAAAAAAAAAAACCUGUGCUCAAGGACACACUCUUGUCAGAGUGACACUUAGACACUUCUCCAGGAAGAGAAAGCAUCAUUUUGGAGUUGAAGCAAAGCAAGGUGUUCCCACCAAAAGAAGUUCUAGGAAAGUCUUCCUGUAGGCAGGGUGCGGCCCAUCUCCAUCGACCCAGCCCCCACCCAUCCCAGUCUUGGUUUGUUUCUCUUUUCAGGAGAGAAAGCUUGGAUCAGAGCUAGGUCUGUAUGGUCUUGCUCUGUUCUUUGACUUUUUUUUUCUUUUUUCGCACAACGACCUUGAAAUUUCCCCGCAUUAGUUUUUUCUCUUCAGGGAGUCCCUCCUGGGUAAGUGUUGUCUUUUUUAUACUGCCUCCAUCAAAGUGGCUUCUUCAGGGUGAUCCACCACCCUACCGAUGUGUCCCAUGGGUCUGGGUGCCCUGAGACUUUCCCAGAGGUUGGUGGCACUAAGGUAAACUGAUCCAAGUACUAAGUGGAAACCCGCUGACGUCCUUUAAAGUCAGACUUUACAAACACGGAAUAACCUUGAAAAAGACCUUCACGUUCUGCUCAGGAACUUGGCCAGCCGCUUACCUCUCCCCUCCGGAUCAUUCAUUUAUGCUGCAGGAGAGGGCUCUUUGCACCCUGCAGCUCCAAUCCCUGCCCUCCAGUCUGGGCAUGGCAGAGCGGAGGGCUGGGUCGAGUAAGCCUCUGAGAAACAAGGGUCUUCUCCCUUCUCCUUAGCGAGCUGGGCUCACCUCCACAGAGUGCUUCUCUGUCCUUCUGGGGCUACUUCUGUGGCUGUAACUUGAACCUCUCCGAAGAAUUCUUACCUGUUCUGGAGUUUCUUAGGGUCCUGGCUCCCCAACAACCUGGACCUACCUGUCAUCCAGCAGUUCCCACCCCGGAACCCUAGGGCAGCAAUCGGGCUGCCCUGGCCAUUAAUGGCCAUCAUCCAUUUUUAAUCAGAAAGAUCACAAGAAAGAUGGUAAGCGAAACCCGGUCGCGAGUCAAUUUAAAUAAUAUUCCUGGGGAAAUCCAAUCACUUAAAACGGAGACACCUACACUGGUGAGAGAGCGCCCCGCCCGUCUGGCGGGGAAGAGCGCGCCGGCUGAAUUAAUCAAGAUCAAGGGGCUCCCGAGCUGAGAGCUCACUCAGCCUUAACCCUUCCAGCGCCGCGGGGUGCCCCGGUGCCGGAGGAAGAGCGCGGCGGGCGACGGCCGAGAUGCCCAGAGUGACCCCGCACAGGCCAUCUCUGCUGAUCCCCGCGUCUUCGCACCCCAACGCCCGGCAGCUCGGCACCCCAACUCGAGGUCAGGGGAGAGCUCCCGAGGUGGCUUCGGCAGUGAGCAACAGCCGCCUCCCGCUGCCUCAGCGCGCCCCGGGCUCCUCCUCCCGCCCCAGCGUGGCCAAGUGAGCACCGCUCGGGCCGCAGGUAGCCGGGGCACGGGAGGUGGCGCGCGCGGGACCCAUCGCAGCGCCCAGCCGCGCUGCCAGACGAAGCUCCGAUCCUCGCGGUCACGGACGCCGGCGGAGAUCUCUGCACCGGCCAUGUGGGGCCCGGGGGUCACGGCCGAGGGCCUGUCGAUGGCUCCAGCGCCACCGCCACUGCUACCGCUGCUACUGCUGCUCGCGCUGGCGCUAGUGGCGCCCUCGCGGGGCGGCGGGGGCUGCGCGGAUCUGGCGUGCGGCGAGCGGGAGCGCUGCUGCGACUCGGCCAACGCCACGGCCGUGCGCUGCUGCAAGCUACCGCUCCACGCCUUCCUGGACAACGUGGGCUGGUUCGUCCGCAAGCUUUCUGGGCUGCUCAUCCUGCUGGUGCUCUUCGCCAUCGGCUACUUCCUGCAGCGCAUCAUCUGUCCCAGCCCACGCAGGUACCCGCGUGGCCAGGCGCGUCCUGGCCAGGCACGACCCGGGCCUGCCGGGGGAUCCGGGCCGCCGGGGACCGCGGGGCCACCCGACGACGACGACGACUCGCCUGCUCUGUUGCGCGAUGAAGUGGCCGCGGGCUCGCAGGACUCACUGCUGGACAGUGGCGGCGGCCGGGGCCGAGGAGGUGGGGGACGUCUGCCUCCUGCCUGCGUUUCCGAGCACGAGCUGCGAGUGGUGUCGCCGGUCUUCCUUCAGCUGCCCAGUUACGAGGAGGUCAAAUACCUGCCCACCUAUGAGGAGUCCAUGCGGCUGCAGCAGCUCAACCCUGCGGAGGUCGUUUUGCCCGUGUCGGUGCUCGGGCAUCCGCGAGGCGGUAGUGCCGGCGACCCCGACGGCGACCAGGGCCGCUUCCCGCUUAUCUGAACGCCCGGAACCUCACAGGGAUCAACGGGAUCGUACGAGGCUGGGGGCUGUGUGUGGCACGCAACAACUGAUGUGUUGGCGGUUGCCCCUGGCUGCCUCUGACCAUACCUAGUAUCCCCGCACAACCUGUAGCCCUGCGCCUGGGUUGGGGUCAGUCCCCUCCCUCUCACUCCCUGGGGAUCCUGUGUUUUUCUAUGUUUCUUUGGACUCAAGGUUGGCAGCUCGGCGAGGGCGACGGCUUUGGACCAGCUAGCAGCUCCUCCUGGACACCCGUCCCCGCCCUCUGCCAAUGCCUCCCCUUGUGUUCACUGUAAGUGCCUGCUUCUCCAAUCCAAAAGAACACGUUAACCUUUGGUGUGUCUAUAGAACCGCGGCUUGCUUUAUGUCCGAAAAGGAAGGAGCACAGGUCCUUUCCUUGCGCUUCUGCUUGGACGGGUCCCAGUCUCCCCGGACUGGAAGGUGAGGCCUUUGGCUCUGGGCCACGACCAGUGACUGCUGCAUGCGGGUUUGUGGAGGCAGCGCUUGGCUGUGAUGGGAUCCCUUUCUUGAGAAAGACCCCAGAAAACCCUUUGGUGUCUUCCUAGCCAAUCAAAUAGUCACUGCUGAUGGCUCACAGUUCAGUGUGGGGGAGGGAUAUCAUCAUGGAUAAAAGGUUUAGUUGCAGCAAGAUGUAGCAACUAAUUAAUCCAGACCGGAUUUGUAAUCUGGUACCGAUGAACUUUUGGGUUUUGUCAGUUAGGUGUUUGUCUUUUAUUUUUAUAUUUUAUCAUGCACUAAACACAUCGGGAAGGUAGUUCAACAAAUUGGCAGGGUAAUCACCGUUCUGUUUUAGACCCGUAACCAUCAAGAAGGCGCCCACAAUCUGCCAUUGCUUAAAACGGUGUUGGACAUUAUUUCAUUAAAGGUGUGGGGGAUGGUCAAACAGGAAAUGUGACAUAAAAGAUGGAGGAUAUCUUAUUUUCACUAUUUGAGAAUAUAGUUUAUUUUUAGUACCGAAGCAUAAUACAUAACUUUUAUAAUAACUGUGUACAUUGUGUAGUCUGGGUCUUAACUGUAUCAUGGAAGUAUGUUUAAAAAGGCCAUUGGAACAUGUAUGACACACCAUGAAGCAAGAUGGCUUGCCAGUAUGUCCUUCUCUAUGUUUUGUUUAGGAUACAUUCUGCAACAUGAUUCCAAACAUAAGAAACAGAAUUGUAACUUUUGUUUAGACCUGUAACUUUGCAGUAAUGUGCAAAGAAGAAUUUGCCCAACCUAUCUUUAUUAAAAAUUAAGCAGUAUCAUUUUACUAGUUCUGGGACAUCCCCUUUAAGUAAUAAGACACAUUUUAAUGCAUCAUAUAGUAUACAUAUGGAAUCAUCAAUGUACAACGUAUACAUUGUAUGCCACAUAGCUAUCACAGUGUACCGCUAGCAUGAGUGGAAGAGGUGGAAAGGAAUGCCACUUUCCCUGGAGAAGUGUGAACAACACCAAUUGUCAAGAGAGAUUAUUCACUGGGUCUAUGAAGAAGCUGAGCAGGCCUAGAAAAUCUUCAAGUGUCUGAUUUGCAUUUUUAAAAAAAGAUUUGAUUACUUUUAACUUUUAAAGACUGAUUGAAAAUGUCUGACGUCCUGGGAAAUAUUUUUAAUGUAUGAAUUAUAAUAAAUGGUUUGCUUUAAAGUUCUCCAAGCUAAUGACCCUAUCAUUGAAGAAAACCAUUUGAAGUGCAU